UGUAUCCUCCCAAUUAAGCUCCUCAGUGCGUACUAAUGACGGUUUGAUGCAGGUCUCCUGCUAACCACCAUAUCCAUGAUCACUGUCGUCUGAUCUUAAUUUUCUGGUAUAUAUUCAUUCACUCACUUGAGAGAGAGAAUCAAUCCCACCAACUACAUGAGUACUGGGCGAGAAAAUGAUGAUAGAGAUCAGAAGAUUAUACAUAGGGAAAUCGAGCGCAAGAGAAGACAAGAAAUGGCCACUCUUUAUGCUUCCCUUCGAUCUGAGCUUCCUCUUGAAUGCAUCAGGGGGAAACGUUCAACUGCAGAUCAGAUGGCCGCGGCAGUAAACUACAUUAAGAAUUUGCAAAACAAUGUGAAAGAAUUAGAUCACAAGAGAGAUCAGCUGAAGAAGUCGUCCAGUUCAUCAGAUUCUUCUUCAGAUCCUGGGAAAGGAGGCUCAUCAAGCCACUCCAUGAAUCGUGUUACAGUCUUCCCUUGUUUGGGAGGAGUGAAAAUAGAGGUGAUUAGCAGUAUGUACCAAGAAACUUUGAAACUAUCAAAACUGAUGCAAAUUCUGCUUGAGGAGGGAUUGAACGUUGUUACCUGCGAUUCCACUCAAGUAAAUGACAAGUUUCUUCAUACCAUCCAGUGUGAGGUGAUUGAUCCGAACUGCGUCAAUUUCGUUGAGCUGCAACAAAUGUUAAACAAUGUUGUGAACGGUUCUUGACAAGAAACUUGCAAUCGUUGCCAUCAUAUCAAAAUCUAACUAAAUAGGCAACAUUUGGAGGCUGUGAUACAUUUUCCGGUGGAUGAUUCAUGCUAUAUCUAUCUAGUUAUUCAUGUGGUUGUUAAGUACCAAAAAGAUUCGGAACUUGUCCAAUUCCUUUAAUAGUUGAUCUUCUCAUAUUUAUCAUAUGAGGCCUGAGAGUGAUGAUGAUAUUUAUCUCCUUCAGUGUGACAAAUUCUAAUGUUUAACGCUGGUUUGGAAAUGCACUUCAAAUCUUUCUGUACACAGUGUGUCUAGAGAUUGAUAUAUAUAUAUAUAUGUAUCUAUAUGUGGAUAUACAUGUAGAAUCUAUUCA